AUGCGCUAUUUUAACUCUUUAAUAAACAAAAUAGCAUUUGAUUUCGAUCACUUAUGUUCCCAUUCCUGUAUCUUAAAUGCAUGUUCAAUGAAUCAGACUGAUUGCCUUGCCAGUAAGCCAGGAAUACUAGUUAUCUAUUGCUGCAUAACAAAUUCCUACCAAGGUUUCUCUAGUACUAUAAAGUUUAAUAUUACUGAGGUCUUUCCAAAUAUGAGACAAUGUCCUGACAACUUUACAUGUUCUCAUUUAAAUAUUGACAAAAUGUCUCCUGUGUGCACCUCCAUAACUAGCACACACAGAAACUUUAUAGAUCUUAUCACAUCUUAUUUGAAUAAUCUAUAUAUUUUCCUCUUAACCUUUGGCCUGAUCAAGUCAGAAAGAGGAAAAAAAAUGUACAAAUGA